UGUAUGGUGUUGCUCAGUGUUUCUAUGAACACAUCAAAAGGGAUCCAUCGUAUACCAGUAAAUGCUCGUUUCCGUGGACGCUCGGGUGAGAGUGAUAACUCAGAAGAGGUGAGAAUGGAGGUAGAAGAUGAUAAUCCUCAAAUAGAAAUCACACUAAGUCCAUUAGAAAUAAACGAUACAAAUGAUGACGUCAGCUUGAGUACGGAAAUCAAGGCAGAAUUAAAAUUUACUGAUUUUGUUUUAGAAGCUGCCAAAGUAUUAAAAACAUAUAAGAACAACGUUCUAGAGCAAGCAUUUGCGAUACUAGAUGAUGAAGUGUGGAAAGAUGUGUAUAAAGGCUGUAAGCCUAACGAGUUAGGUGAUAUUAGAAAGUAUGCAUCUGACAAAUUGGGACAACUCAAAGAUGCACCUGCUGAAACGCUUCGUCAGCAUCUAGAUGAUAUAAUAAAUGUGAUCAGAAACGAAGAGUAUGGAGAGAUAAAGGAUUUGGUUGAAUACAUGAAUUCGUUGUAUGUUGGAGAAACUGACAAAUUCAUUGAAGCUUUACUAGCUCUGGUUCAUAUAAGGAUAUCGGAUGACGUAGAUUUAGCAGACAUUAUAAAGGGCGCAUUAAAGUACUUUUUGUUUGAUCAUUAUUGCAAUCUCGACGAUACCGUCAGACAUGAAUUGAUGAAAAUGAUUAAACAUUACUGGAGACAAUUUAUCUCUCAGUUAGUAAAUAACGAUAUUCGCUCUCAUAAAGGUACAGUUCCAUACGUAACGCCGUUUAUUUAUGAAAAAGAGAAUGAGAGAGAACUUUACAAAAAAAGACGAUUUAAUAAAGUUUUUUCAGGUCGAUCACUGGCACUACGAAUUGGUCAAAAAGGAGAGCAAAAUGAGGAGAAUCCACGCCAUGGUGAAAAUGGAAUUAACAUGAGGGCCGGUUCAGGAGAGAUAGCUGAGGAAAGAUUCGCGUCAAUUGAGUGGAAUGGCAAUGAUGAUACCACGCGAGACAAAAUCGCCGCUCUAAAGACGAAUGAUGAAAUAAGUCGUUUCCUAACUUCUUUCAGCCAAUCUGAGAGAAAACCUAAAUUUCGAGGUGGCCAAAGUACUAUAGCGGAUAAAAUAAAUGGUCAGUCUAAUUCUAAUCAACAUAAUAACACCAUAGAGAGAUUAAUAAACAUUGGUAACCUUGCCAAAGAAAUCAAUGAUAUGAUGCGGCCAGAUAACAAAAAUCUGCGGCAUGGUCCGAUGUUUAUGAACUUGGACACUUUAUUUGGUAUGGACUUUCUCGGUUAUACGGAGGGCGGCGAACCUACUACCACGGAAGUGACGAAAAAGGCAAAAGCAGAUGACAAAAGUGUAAUUAUAACAAUGAACGCUAAAUACGGAGAAUAAAAUUGUUACUUAGUGAAUUAGUUUUUAGGGUUCCGUACCAAAAAGGUACAACAGGAACCCUUAUGGUGCGACUCUGUCCGUCUGUCUGUCCGUCUGUCACAUUCCUAAAUAUCUCGAGAACUACUAAUGCUAUCAACUUGA